ACCUGCGUUGUCUGCCAUGACACCUUUAGCUCCGCCCUCUCAGUUGUUCACGCCUACCGUGUAGACAGCCCGAUUACCAAUCAAAUAGCUCGGUGACACGAUUUUCUCAAGCGUAUUUGCGAAUGCCGAUUUCUGAUUGGCCGGGGUGAUAUCAUUUAUGGUAGCUGAUCAAUACAUUUCGAACACUAAAGCGAAUUAUCAGACGAACAAGCAGGGUAUUUUAGGCAAAAGAGACAUUUAUAUAGAAACUAUUGAAAAGCAGUGAAGAUUAUCUCUUUUAUGUACAAUUGGAUCUAGUAUUAUACUUCAAUGUACAUUGUUAGGGACGUGCUAGAGUUAUUCAAAUGAAAAAGCAAGUGUGAAUUUUAAAUUGUUUGAAACACACUGAGCAAUAUUAAGAGAUAUCGAACGUGUGGAACAUCGACGGGCAGAAACAAUUGGGAUUAAAGAUUGUAAUAAUUGAAUUUCUCAGCACAGUAUUUGCGCAGCGCUCGUUUAGCGUCAAUAACGUACACGACGUAUUCUUCAUACGGAACCGACGUCGGCUUCAAGCUGUAUUCUUCCAACGUGUCCCCAGGGUCCGGCAUAAAGAUUGAGUACACGGACAUGGACCCGGAGAUGUCCCUGAAGGGGCAAGCUCCCCAGACGGCACUUCCACCCAGCAGCCAGCACCACGGCAUGGGCGGCCCCGUUUCUCACGGGCUCAACAACAACCAUGACCACAUGGACGACGACCAUGACGAUCUCGAACACGGCGGUACGCACGGGGGAGCGGGCGGCAAGGGCGGGAGCGCCGCCGACCGUGUUAAGCGUCCGAUGAACGCGUUCAUGGUCUGGUCGAGGGGCCAACGCAGGAAAAUGGCGCAAGAGAAUCCGAAAAUGCACAACUCGGAAAUCAGCAAGCGUCUCGGUGCCGAAUGGAAGCUGCUGUCCGAACAAGAGAAACGCCCCUUCAUAGACGAGGCGAAGAGGUUGAGGGCGAUCCAUAUGAAGGUAAUUGCGGAGCACCCCGAUUACAAAUACAGGCCCCGACGAAAGACGAAGACCCUGAUGAAGAAAGACAAAUACGCACUUCCUGGAAUGCCACCGGGUGCCGGCGGAAUGCCACCGGGCAUGGGUCAGAUGGGUCGUGACGCCGGCAUGUACAUGAACAGCUACAUGCCCAACGGGUACCACCAAAUGAUCGCCGACCCCAACGCCUACCAACAAAUGCAGCAGAUGCAAAACCCCUACGGUCAUUACCUGUCCAACCCUGGCAUGGGCUCCCAGGGCAUGUCAUCGAGUUCAUACAAUGGGGGCUACGCAAUGUCCGUGCCGUACGGUAUGCCGCCCCAGUCGCAUGGCGGCGUGAAACGGGACUCGAACACACCAACCGGACACUCUAGUGGCGCGCAUGCGCAGAGCGUUGGUGGCCGCCCAAACGGCGUCGCCCCUGGGGACUUGCGCGAAAUGAUAAGCAUGUAUUUACCGCCCGGAAGCGAUCCGAAUGACCCGAACACGCAACAAAGGUUUCAUCAGCAAAUGCAAGCCAUGCAGGGACAUUAUCAAAUGCCUGUGUCCGAUCAUUCAUCCGUCAACAGCAGUACAGUGCCCCUUACACAUAUGUGAACAGUAGUGUGAACAGUAGAUUUGUGUUUUAUUUUUUAACAAUCAGUAUUUAUGUAUAUGUGCGCGUUGAGUAUCACGACUCCCUGUCAUCGCUGGGGUGUAUAUCAGGUAAACUUUUAACGUGUGUGUGUAUUUGUUAGAACGGUAAAUGCUGUCUUAUAAUUAUAGUAGAUGUGUUUUAAUGUGAGUGUCUUCGUAUUAAGUUACACGUCAAAUUUAACUGUUGAUCUAGGGUAUAAAAUAUGUUCAGGCUUUACGCUCCAUGGUUUUGGUCUUGUUUCAACUCCGCAAAGCACACCUGUGUGAAACGAGAGGGUUUAUGGUUAAAUAAUACCAGCUUUACUAAAACAACACGUUUAAUUCCGAUCUCGAUCAGAUUAGUUGCUUUUAGCAGAUCUUAUAAUUAUAUAUAUUGCGAUUUUUCACCAAAUCAAAAUAUAUGAGCCGGUAUUUAUUUUAAAUAUUGAAGUAUUGAAUACACAGGCAGCGUAUAUUUAUAUGCAUGUUACAAAUUGUAUGAUAUAAUUUCAAUUUUCCUUCAAUUUGGUUAUUGUCGGUGACAGCUUAGACAAUGUGGUACAAAGUUAACCCGUAGGCGUUAUUUUAGGGUAAUAUUUGUUUAUUUCCACCUGGCAUACUAAGUUCGAAAAACUUUAAGGUUUAUGCCAAAUUAAUUUCCAAUAUCGACCGACGUUCAUUGUACUGGAGCCAAAUUUCGACUUGAGGGUAAUUUUAAAAUAUGACCUGUAUUGGAAAUUCGAAACUUACAGUUGAAUUAUCGGAGUUAUUAGUAAUAUUGUUAACUGUCUGAGAAUAUGUCUCAUUAGUGGCACGGAGCGUAUAUCUCAUCUAGAGUCCGUGUUGGGGGUCAAGCUAAUGUUUGCUUUGUUUGAUAAGAUAAUAUAUAAUAUCAUUUUUAAAUUCAUUUUUGUAAAAUAUUGUGUUCAAAAAUUUUCAUAUAGUUAUUAAAACAUUAUUUCACUUGUCUCUACGUCGCAAUGGGGUAAGAUAGAAUAUCAUGUACAUAGUUAUUUUGUAAAUUUGUUUUUGAAAAUUUUAUUUUGCUAUUAUUCUUGUGCUCACUUUGGUGCGGAACCGACUAUUCACAGUCCGGGUCUGGGCUCAAAUAUUAAAACUUACACAUGUGUUAUGUAAAAAAAUUAUUAUUCUACUUAUUAUUUAGACUAUUUUUGUUGUUCUACGAUGUAUGGAUCUUUCUGUAUCACACACACACACUUUCAGAGAAUGCUGAAAUAGUCACAUUACAAAUAUUAAUUAAAACUAUGUUAUGGUAUUAUGAAUUUGGGUGAAGAAACUCGGUCUGAUUGUGUAUAUUUAUUUAUAUUUUGUUGAAAUACUAUGACUUCAACGUCAUUAUUGUAUAUAUCAUACAAUACAAAUGAAAUUACAAAGUUCUUUUACAAGAAAAUAAAUGUCAUUAAAAUG